AUGAGGCAAGCUUCGCAUUGUGCCAUGGCAAGCGCAAAGCGUCGGAGAUACAGUUGGCCUUGGAAGAUUCUCGUCCUGACCUUGGCGCUGGUAUGUUUCAGUCAGGGCGGCACCAGCUGGGUAGCACCCAGAAAGGAAUCUCCAGUUGCAGGGCUUCGGUCACCCCGAUCCACUCGGGUGCUCCGACGCAGUUGGAACAUUGGACCUUUGGGACCGGUGGAAAGUGCUGAAGCGUUUCGCAUUUAUUAUCUUCCCUUUGUGGAACCACUGGACAUUGAUGGGACCAUCCUAGAUCAGCUGUUUGGUGGUUGGCUUGGACCUUUUGCUCCUUUACUGGUGGGUGCCAUCGUUUUUUGGAUUCAAGGGCAGAUUUACGCUGUGCGAAGAGAACAGGAAGGGCGAGUUCUUGGUUCAGCGGCCAAAGCAGUUGGUGAUGCAGCUGCAGCAACUGCCAGUGGUGCCGCUCAGAGUUUGACGGAGAAACUCCAACGUGUCCCAGCAGAGCAAUGGCUGAAGUUAUUCCUAUGCCUUGCUUUGGAUUUGGCAGGUGAUGCCACGUUUCUGUUGCCGGGUCUGGGCGAAGUCGGUGACGUGGCCUUCGCUCCGUUCGAGGCCUUGGCGCUGCGGACUUUGUUCGGUGGCACCGUGAUCUCCGUGCUGGGCUUCGCCGAGGAAGCGCUGCCCUUCACCGAUGCGUUGCCCACGGCCACCACCGGAUGGGUCCUGCAGACGCUCUUCAGUGACUCGCCCUUGGCGAAAUUCUUGGGGAUCCAACCCUUGCCCAAUCCUGAGACAGCGACAACAGUGACAACCAAAGAGAAAGGCUUCUAUGCAACAAUCCAUGGUCUUGGCCAUGAGCCAGUUUCCGCAGAGGAUGUUCCUUUUGCUUCACUCGUGGCUGAAUCGUCGGAUCCGGUGCCAGCUGAAGGAUUCCCUCAGUUAAAGCAGGUCAUGGCACUAGCCCAAACUCGAGUGCAAACCAAGGUGGGAGAGGCCCCAUAUUUCAUCAUUGCUGUGGCCGUUGGUGGUUUCACUGUGUCACUGCUGAGCAUUUGUAUCUCCUUAAUCUUCGUGAAGGGAGUAGCUCAGGACGCAAAUCGCGAUCGGCUGCCAAGUGCAUCCGCCCUAUUGGCACAGCGCCUCCGGGCCAUGGGAAUUGGACAACCCAAGUCUCCCUGGCCCCAUCGCACUUACAACAGCUAUCAGCCGCACAUGGACAAGGUCGGCUCUACCCUGUGGGGCUUUGGCGAGCAGACACGGGGAGAUUCCCUAGAUCGGGUCCAGAUUAUGGUGCCAAGCCCUUUGGAGGGCGGCAGGGUAGGUCUGAACCUUUCCGAGGACGAUUUGGUCGUGAACAAUUUUGGCGAUCCACGCGCUCAUGAGUUUGGAUUUCAGAUUGGAGACCGAAUCGUCCAGGUGAAUGCGAUUCCAGUUUUCCAGGAGUCAGACUUCAGAUUCGUCAUGAAGGAUGCUCUACGAAAGCAUGAAACCACUGGCGAGCCAAUCAUUUUUGAAGUCAUACGUGCAGUGCAGAAGCCCAUGGCAAUGCCACCUGCUGGAUACAGUGCCAUGAACGCCGUGAAUGGCAUGUAUCCAGCAUCGCCUGCCGUGAUGAAGACAAUGCUGCCGCAUGAAGACUUCGAGGCAGAUCAAUUCACCUACUUGGUGAGGAAAGCAGGGAACGUUUUGAGUUUUGAGCAAACAUUACCCAAUGGGCAGAAGGUGACUGGCAUGCUGCAGCCAGAAGAUUCACAAAGCCCUUGGUUGAGGAGCGAACUGACGUGCGCCCAGGGCCUCUUCGGUGAGCUCCGGAUCCAUUUCGAUCCGGAAGAACAGGUUUUGGUGUCGCAAGUUCGCCCUGCCGGACGUUUAAAAUGGGGUGAUGAAAGGGUGGCAAAACGCGUUGAAAGCUGAGCCCCAGAGCAAGGCAUGCUCCGAAGGUGCAGAGCAGCGCCAGGCCUCCCGGAGGGACUUGCUGACAAGGCGC